CGCGGGCCUUGAGAACCACCGCAUCAAGAGCUUCAAGAACAAGGGUCGCGACGUGGAGGUCAUAUUUUCUGUUAGGACUACCUGGUUGGGCCAUUGUUGCAGUGGUUCUAAAAAGCCAUAACCAUAACAGUGUAGCAAAUGGAAUGUGCUUAAGACGACAAGGUCACUGCCUAAAAACAGACUAUGAGAAGACACCGAAAUGAAGUGACAAUUGAAUUGCGGAAGAACAAAAGAGAUGAACAUCUUUUGAAAAAAAGAAAUGUUCCCCAAGAAGAAAGUUUAGAAGACUCUGAUGUUGAUGCUGACUUCAAAGCACAAAAUGUAACACUAGAAGCUAUAUUGCAGAAUGCUACAAGCGAUAACCCUGUAAUCCAGCUGAGUGCUGUACAAGCUGCAAGAAAAUUGUUGUCUAGUGACAGAAAUCCACCUAUUGAUGACUUAAUAAAAUCUGGAAUUUUGCCAAUCCUGGUAAAAUGCCUAGAAAGGGAUGAUAAUUCUUCGUUACAGUUUGAAGCUGCAUGGGCGUUGACUAACAUAGCAUCAGGCACUUCUGCACAGACCCAAGCUGUGGUACAGUCUAAUGCAGUACCACUCUUUUUGAGACUACUCCAUUCACCACAUCAGAAUGUUUGUGAGCAAGCUGUUUGGGCCCUUGGAAAUAUUAUAGGUGAUGGUCCUCAGUGUAGAGAUUAUGUCAUAUCACUGGGAGUUGUCAAACCUCUUCUGUCCUUCAUCAAUCCCUCCAUUCCCAUCACCUUCCUUCGGAACGUCACAUGGGUCAUAGUAAAUCUCUGCAGGAAUAAAGACCCUCCACCGCCUAUGGAGACAGUUCAGGAGAUUUUGCCAGCACUGUGUGUUCUCAUAUACCAUACAGAUAUAAAUAUUCUCGUGGACACUGUUUGGGCUUUGUCCUACCUAACAGAUGGUGGUAAUGAACAGAUACAGAUGGUGAUCGAUUCAGGUGUUGUACCUUUUCUAGUUCCUCUUCUGAGCCAUCAAGAGGUUAAAGUUCAAACAGCAGCCCUGAGAGCAGUAGGCAACAUAGUAACUGGUACGGAUGAACAGACACAAGUUGUUCUCAACUGUGAUGUUCUGUCUCACUUCCCAAAUCUCCUGACGCAUCCAAAAGAGAAGAUAAACAAGGAAGCAGUUUGGUUCCUUUCCAAUAUCACAGCAGGAAACCAGCAACAAGUGCAAGCUGUAAUAGAUGCUGGACUAAUCCCUAUGAUCAUACACCAGUUGGCUAAGGGGGACUUUGGAACGCAAAAAGAAGCUGCUUGGGCAAUUAGCAAUUUGACAAUAAGUGGAAGAAAAGAUCAGGUUGAAUACCUUGUGCAGCAGAACGUAAUCCCACCAUUCUGUAACUUACUGUCAGUAAAAGAUUCCCAAGUGGUACAGGUGGUCCUAGAUGGUCUGAAAAACAUACUCAUAAUGGCUGGCGAUGAAGCUAGCACAAUAGCUGAAAUAAUAGAAGAAUGUGGAGGAUUAGAGAAAAUUGAAGCCUUGCAACAACAUGAGAAUGAGGACAUUUACAAACUAGCGUUUGAAAUCAUAGAUCAGUAUUUCUCUGGUGAUGAUAUUGAUGAAGAUCCCAGUCUCAUUCCUGAAGCCACUCAAGGAGGUACUUACAAUUUUGACCCAACAGCCAAUCUUCAAACAAAAGAGUUUAAUUUUUAAGUUCAGUGCAGUGCAGCUUCUCUGUCCCACAACAAUACAAAGCACCACCAGAUGGCUACCACGUGAAGAAACAAAAGGCUCCAAGAUACACAUGCCUCUUUGUUUUGAUGCUUCUAAAGCAAGCCAUGUAUCGGUCACUUUGCAGUUGCCAAAAGUCACUAUCACAUGGACUGUAAAUGCAUAUGCAUGAUCUCUUAAACUGUUUUAGAAUUCUUUUUAACAGUCCCAACUACCUUUUUUGCCUUUUCUCCCCGGUGCCACAUGCUGACAACCUCAAUCUGCAGUUUUGUUUAAAAUAUUCCAUAGUGGUGGCACAUUGGCUUUCCACGGAAAAGUAGCUUCUUUGGAAAAUGGUGCGCUGUGAAUCAAGACACUUUGGUAUGAUGCAUACAUUUUGGAAGACUGUACAGGGGCACAGUUUAAUCUGAGCCUCCAUCAUUGUCCUCCACAAACAUAUUUUCAUAUACUUUAUGUGGAAGAAUAGAUUAAAGCAAGCCAAAUGAAUUUCAUUGGUGAAGCUGAAAUAAAAGUAACUUAAAACACUUGGCAAUUGAUUAAACAGUUAAGUUAACAAAACAAACUACUUCAUCUAUCAGUAAUUGAUGUGUGUUCAUUAACUGCCUCAGAAACCAGGGUUGGAGAAUGAACUGUAGAUUUGGACUGGUAAAGCUUUUGCCAUUAUACCUAAUUUUUGAGAACAGCGAGCCCUAUUUGACCACUCACUUCAGCCUGUGUGUUCCUGCUGUUUUGAAGUAAUCAAAUGCUGUGCAUGGUAUUUUACCCGAGCUACAACCUGUUAUGGACUUGAACUUCUGUUUAAGCUGAAAGCAAGAGUCCCUGACUAGAAAAAAAUCUGUCCAAAAUACGUGCAUUAGUUAAAAAGAAUCUUGCUUUCAACUUUCAGUAGUCAAUAUAUUUCAUUUUAAAUUGAUAAUUGGAUAGGGUUGAUUUAUAUUGGGUUUAAACUGUGGAGCUUUCAUGUUUACUGUAAUUUAGUCUUAAACUAUUUUUUACUUAGUAACCAGUGCUUAUGAUGAUGUGGUUGGCAACAAACCAGCAAUUAUAUAGAAGCAUCAUAAAAGCUUCGUUCUGAGAGUAUUGGAAGAGUAAUUCAGAAACUAGUCUAAAACUAUAUUCACAUGAUUUAAAAAAGCAAACUAGUUGAUGUGUGAGACUGUUUGGAAGCUGCAGUUAUUCAGCAUAAACCUCAUGUGCAGCACACAUUAAAUAACUUUACAUGAGCUGGUGAUAUACAAGGUCAUUGCUUUUGGAAAAUCGUCCAGCCCAGUUGUUUUCAAAGGGAUUUGGUAUUGCUGGGGUGAAGACGAAUAAUGUAAAACUGUAAGCUAUCACAAACUGGUUUUGUUGCUGUUGUUUACUGGGUGUAAUUUCCCAAUGCAUUGAUGUGAAGGGAUAGAAAAGUCUAAACUAAUUUAGUUACUGGAUGUGGGUUGUAUUUACUGUGAUGAAGAUAAGGACAGAUGCCAUCAGAGCUUUGUGGAUCAGCUGUUUUUUCCACUGAUGAACAACACAUAGCAGGUGUGCAUUCAUUAAAUAUAUAUCUGCCAAGGUGGAGCCACUUUAAAGAGCGAGUUGUCUUGUAUCUUAAACAGAUACAAGCGUAUGUUUAAACUGCAAGAUUUUUACUUGCUAGAUAAUCUGUUUUAAUAUAGUGGUUUGGCCUCUGAUUAUUUAUAGGUUUUAUAAAUUUUAGAAUCAAUUUCUCUUUAAGGUGGCUCAGAUUUUUCAACUCUUGUGCACAUAAGAUUGAGUUGAAGUUCAUUGUGCCUUUUUUCUUUUCCCAAAAGUUGAGUUGAAGCUUCAUAUGGUAACUGCAUCCUAGUCACACACUAUAGCCUAAAAUCUUAAAACUGUGUGGUGUUCGCUGCAACUAAACAACAUGAAGUCAAAGUUAGGUAAGGUCACAAAGUUUUUGCAAAUUUAAAGUUGAGUUCCAGCUGAUGAUGAUAUUGUGAAACAAAAAUUCCCUCUCAACUCAAAAGUUUCAGUAUAUGCUGUAUAGACUGACAGUUGCCCUGUUCAGCCUGCACUCACUGUUGUCCUAGAGAUUACAUACAAAUUGAGAUUAAAUUACCAGUUUUCCACUACUGUGAAGAUUUAAUCCUUUUCUUGCACUCAAUGCAUCACAUUAAAAUGAACAUUGGAGAAUUGAGUGAAGUAGGACAAAGUAUUUGCUCAGUUCUUUCUGUUGUGACCUUAUCAGCUUUUGAUUGGGAUUGCACCAUUUCAUAGUUAAUAAAGGAAACAAAAGUAUAUUGCUGCACUUUUAAGUUUUCAGAACAGUGUUUAAAAAUUGCAUUGUUUUUAUUAUUUUUUUAAACUAUCAGUUAAAAUAGACUAAAACGUUCUUUCAAAGAGGCAUCUAAAUGUGUUCCUAAUUUUGUAUAUGGGCUUAGGUUUUGUAACCAAUAAAAAGCUGCUAUCAAAUACUAUAAAAAUGCAAGAAGUUAUUUUGAAAAUUAUGAACCUGCUUAGUUUUUUCAAAUUGAUUCAAGGGUUUUUCUGUCUUUGACCAAAUUUUACUUAGUAGAACUCGCAUGAGUUUGAAAUAUGUUACAAAAACAAAUAAAAAUAAGCUAAUGCAGUGAUCUCUGAAAUUUUGAAUACUAUUUAUAGUAUGGAGUUUUUGUACUUGCGAUGGAGUUGACUAUCCAAGGGAAGAAGAAGAGGAAAGCAAAUACUUCUUUUCAAAUGCCAAUCUCCAGGAAUUUUUGAGGAAUUUUCUUGUUAGGAAGAAAAUAAAUGCAAUAAAUGAAAAA